UUAAAAUUGUGUAAAAUGAAUUUUAAGAAAAGCUUGCCUGUAGUUGUAUUUAUUUUGAUGUUCGUCAAUUUUGUUCAGUGCUUUGAAGCAACAAGCGAACAUUGUAGCACUGACAGUAUCCGAGAAUACGCCGUGGACGCAUGCGCUCGUCUUAUUGACCGAAAGCUUAAACGUCAAGUUCCACCCUCGAGUUUAGGAUACAAUAUCGAAAAUGUAAAAAGACGUCGUCCUUCAGGUGUUUAUCAUCAUCACUAUCAUCAUCGCUAUCCAUCUAUAAAGAAAGUCACUCAUGCUGAAUUUCCUGAUGGCGGAUAUCUUUUAAUUUAUUAUCCACUUAAUCAUCAUCGUUUCCCUCCAUCAAUUGACAACACAAUUAAUGAAAAGAGCGAGGAAAUUUCCAAUGAAAUACUCACACAAGAUUUAGGUUUAAAUAAAAGAAAAAUGAAGAAGACGAAAUUAAAGAGAAGCAUUUAUCCUCAUUCAAUAAUCAUUAAACACUGUUGCAGUCAUUUACCUGAAACUUCAUGUGGUUCGUACUUUUGCCAUUGA